UGCUCACAUUUAUCUCUCACACUAGUUUUGCUUCUCACGAGGCACGAACAGCAAUUUAUGUGCACCCUUUUUCUUCCCUAUCUUCUCUAACAACAAUCUCUCUCUCUCUCUCUCUCUCUCUCUGAAAGAUCAAAGAUGUGCGGAGGUGCUAUCAUCUCAGACUUCAUUGGUGUCAAGCGUGGCCGGAAAUUGGUUUCUCAGGACUUAUGGGCUGAGCUCGAUCCUUUCUCCGACUUCCUUGGUUUUGACGCCGCCACGGUCACCGCCAACAACUCCAACAACAAGGAUCAGCCACCAAUUCCUCAAAUCCCAGAUAACAACAACAACAACAACAAAGUGGUAGCAUGUGACAAGGUACUAGGAAAGGAAAAAACGGUUGUUGGUGGUGGCGCAGAAGAUAAGAAGACGAAAGGUCCCAAUCCACGUCAGAGGGUCCGUAAGAACGUCUACAGAGGAAUCAGGCAGAGGCCCUGGGGCAAGUGGGCUGCAGAGAUAAGGGACCCACACAAAGGAGUCCGUGUCUGGCUCGGCACGUUCAACACUGCCGAAGAGGCCGCUAGAGCCUACGACGACGCUGCCAGACGCAUCCGCGGCAACAAAGCCAAGCUCAAUUUUCCGGAUGCUUCUGAGGACAACGUGGUCGUCGUAGCCCCUCCAUUCGCCAAGAAGCAAUGUCUUGGCAAUGAGAUGCUGUCUCAGGUCGAAAUUCAGUCACUUGUGCCACCACUUAUCUCUACCAUGCAAACUGGCAGCGACAAUGGAAGCAUAGAGGGAUUGGAUUCUGACCUAUCACAGCAGAUCUCGGAUCUUGAAUGGUUUCUGGGAUCGGAGAAUGAGCAACCGUUGCAAAUAGGUGGUGAUGCCGUUUGGAACGACGUUAACAACUACAACGAUAACAACAACAAUAUGGACCUGUGGAUGCUGGACGACGUCGUUAUGCCCAACCGUUACAUGGUGUAAUAAGAAAUUAAUGGAAAUUUUUGGGGCAAAAUGGUCAGAUGGAAAAUGCAACACCAGUAGUGCUGCAUGGAUUUUACUAAAGCUUAUUUAUUAGUAGUAGUAUUUCGUAGCUUCUUAAAGUGGAGAUUAUUGUAUAAAACUAUGUGAAAAUUGUGUUCGUUGAUUUUCUGUUGGUGUCGUUAUCUCUUUUUUUUUUUUUGUUCUGACGGUCAAAUGAUUUUCGUUUGGAUUGUAGCGUGUAAACAUUACAUGGUGAUGAUUAUGAUUGUGUAUAAAUAAAAGAGAAUUAAGUAUA